AGCUGCCCCACCGUAGCCACUGACGCUAUGGAAGACCGCAUCCGCUGGCCUAGUCUAUAGGAUGGUAGCGCACAGCAAGGUGUCAGCAGAUAAUGCAGUUGCAGCAGACCCGAGAUGUCUACUUGACCCUCCAGCACGGGAUCGUUCACAGGCUCGGAUCUACCACGGCCCCGGCCGGCCCGGCACUGUGCAGGCGCAGAGCAACACGCACUUCCGAACCUUCCGCUCGCAGGCGGAUUUCAGUAGCAUCACACGGGCGAGCACCCUGCUGGAUGCCUGUGGCUUCUACUGGGGACCGCUGACUGUCAAUGCUGCCCAUGAGAAGCUGAAGUCAGAGCCUGAGGGCACCUUCCUCAUCAGGGACAGCAUGCAGAAGAACUGCUUCUUUGCCAUCAGUGUUAAGACUGCGACUGGGCCCACCAGCAUCCGAAUAAACUUUCAGACUGGGCGUUUCAGCCUGGAUGGCAGCAAAGAGAGUUUUGACUGUCUUUUUAAGCUGCUGGAACAUUACAUAAGCUCCCCCAGGAAGGUACUGGUUACCCCCCUGCGAAAAGUCCGUGUGCAGCCCUUGCAGGAACUCUGCCGGAAGAGCAUCGUGAAAACUUUUGGAAGGGAAAAUUUAAAUCAGAUCCCCCUCAAUCCAGUUUUAAAGGAUUAUCUGAAAUCCUUCCCAUUUCAGAUAUAAAUACAGCAUUAACUGUAGAGGGGUGUGUGAGUGAGAUGUGUACAGAAAUCCAGCUUCCUGGGUUUUUAACCAUGUUUGACAAUGAGCAAACUUAUUUUUGUAGCAACUUACUGUAUUUUGGGAUGGAACUUGAACACUUGACUACUUAUGUUUACAAAAACUGUUUGCACAAACCUGGGGUUUUAAAGCCCUGGCAUCAUUUUUCUGCCAAGCAGAAUAUUUUAUUUUAUAAUAUUUUUAAUGAUAUUAACAUAAUAAACUUUAUUGUGAACG